UCCGUAUCAUUCGAGUGCCACACUUCGAGACGCACACGCACAACCAACCAACCAGGAUCAGGAUUCCCCAACAAGACAAGCCACAACUCCCAAGUAACAUGAAGCUGCUCAUUGUGCUCUGCGCUCUGGUUGCUGGCGCCACCGCCGGCCUCAUCCGUACCUCAUCCGCUGGCUGGGGCUCCAAUCCUUGGGGCGGCAGCAGCAGCAGUGGCUGGAAUGGUGGCAGCAGUGGCUGGAACAACGGCUGGUCCUCCCAGCCACAGAUCAUUAAAGUAAUCAAGAUUGGCGGUGGCGGAGGCGGUGGCAGCUGGGGCAACAGCGGCGGCGGCUGGGGCAACACUGGAGGCUGGGGCGGCAGCAGCGGAGGCUGGGGCAACACUGGAGGCUGGGGCGGCAGCAGCAACAACGGCUGGGGCAGCAACAGCCGCUGGGGCAAUGGCUGGUCCGGCUCCAGCUCCGGCUCCAACAGCGGCUGGUGGUGAACAGCUCCCUCGAAAAUCCAACCCCCCAAAGCCAGUCCCUGCCAACAUCCUGCCAACUCCCUCU